GGACGCAGGAAGAGGAUAGCAGGGAAGCGGAGCAGGUGCGACAGGAGGAGAGGCGAGUAGGUGAUGCUGCUUCCUCGGCUUCUAUCGCUGCUGCUGCUGCUGCUGCUGCUGCUGCUGCUGCUGCUGCUGCUGCUGCUGCUGCUGCUGCUGCUGCUGCUGCUGCUGCUGCUGCUGCUGCUGCUGCUGCUGCUGCUGCUGCUGCUACGGCUACUGCUGCUGCUGCUGCUGUUGUUGCUGCCUCUGCCGCAUCUGGCAUGCUUCAUACUGUGGGGGAGGAUGCUCAAUCGCACCUCCUUCUGCACUAUCCGCUGCACCGUCGUCCCCAUCGCCCUCGUCGUCACCAUCGCGGCCGUUCCUGCGCUCCUCCGUGCAUCCGUCGCUGCGGUCUGGUGUGCGCAUGA